AACAGCGUCAGUGUUGGUGGGACACGCGCUGUCGUGAUGUGUGCUCGGUGGCUCCUGCUUUUGGCCAUGGCCUCUGUGGUCUGCUCUCAGACUGUGGAGGAAAAUGCCAGGGAAUUCUUGAAGAAAUUUGAUGAGGACGCAUCCAAACUUGUGUACCAGUAUUCCCUUGCAUCCUGGGCCUACAACACAGAUAUUUCCCAGGAAAAUGCAGAUAAAGAGUCUGAAGCAUAUGCAAUCUGGAGCGAAUACUACAAUAAGAUGUCUGAGGAGUCCAGUGCCUACCCUAUCGAUCAGAUCUCUGAUCCAGAGAUUAAAAUGCAGCUCCAAAAGCUCCAAGAUAAAGGAUCAGGGGCACUUUCACCUGACAAGGCUAACGAACUAAGGAAUAUCAUGGCAGAGAUGAGCACUAUUUACAACACAGCAACUGUUUGCAAAAUAGACAACCCCUCUGACUGUCAGACUUUGGAGCCAGGUCUAGAGAGCAUCAUGGCAAACAGCAAAGACUACGACGAGCGUCUGCAUGUGUGGGAGGGCUGGAGAGUGGCGACAGGGAUGAAGAUGAGACCCCUGUAUGAGAGAUAUGUCGAUCUGAAGAACGAAGCCGCCAAACUCAACAAUUACGAAGACCACGGAGAUUACUGGAGGGGGGAUUACGAAACCAUCGAUGACCCCGAAUACACUUACUCCCGAGAACAAGUUAUGGAAGACGCCAGGCGCAUUUACCAAGAGAUCUUGCCAUUGUAUAAAGAGCUUCAUGCUUAUGUGAGAGCAAAACUGCAAGGUCUCUAUCCUGGUCACAUCGCUUCCGACGCUUGCCUUCCAGCACAUCUGCUUGGCGAUAUGUGGGGACGGUUUUGGACCAACCUGUAUCCUCUCAUGAUCCCGUAUCCAGAAAAGCCUGAUAUCGAUGUGAGCUCUGCAAUGGUGGCCCAGGGCUGGGAUGAAAUGCGCCUGUUUAAAGAGGCAGAAACAUUCUUUAUGUCUGUAAACAUGUCUGCAAUGUUUGACAACUUCUGGACAAACUCGAUGUUCAUUAAACCUGAAGGAAGAGAUGUGGUGUGCCAUCCUACCGCAUGGGACAUGGGAAACAGAGAGGACUUCAGAAUCAAAAUGUGCACUAAAGUGAACAUGGAUGAUUUCUUAACUGUUCACCAUGAGAUGGGACAUAACCAGUACCAAAUGGCUUACCGUCACCACUCAUACCUGCUGAGAGAUGGUGCGAACGAAGGUUUCCAUGAGGCGGUGGGAGAGAUCAUGUCACUUUCUGCUGCCACUCCUUCUCACCUGCAGUCAUUGGGCCUUCUGCCUUCUGAUUUCAAGGAGGACCAUGAGACAGAGAUAAACUUCCUGUUGAAGCAGGCCCUCACCAUCGUGGCCACUCUGCCCUUCACCUACAUGCUGGAGGAAUGGAGAUGGCAAGUCUUCAAAGAGACCAUCCCCAAAGAUGAGUGGAUGCUUCGCUGGUGGCAAAUGAAGAGAGAACUUGUUGGAGUGGCUGAGGCUGUGCCCAGAGAUGAGUCCUAUUGUGACCCUCCUGCACUUUUCCAUGUAUAUGGGGAUUAUUCUUUUAUCAGGUACUUUACUAGAACCAUAUAUCAGUUCCAGUUUCAAGAGGCAUUAUGUGAGGCAGCUGGCCACACCGGUCCCCUUCACAAAUGUGACAUUACCAACUCAACCAAAGCUGGUAACAAACUCAGGCAUAUGCUCGAGUUAGGCCGAUCCAUGUCUUGGACUCGUGCUCUGGAAGAUAUUGCAGGAACCAAAAAGAUGGAUUCCCAGCCACUGCUACAUUACUUCAGCACACUCAUGGAUUGGCUGAAGGAGGAGAACCAAAAGAACAACAGAGUGCCAGGCUGGAACGUCAAUAUUAACCCAACUUCCUAUAUAAAUAAUGCAGAUUCAGAAAAUGCCUUCAAAGUCAGAAUAAGCCUAAAAUCUGCCAUGGGAGAUGAUGCUUACACCUGGAAUACAAAUGAAAUGUAUCUCUUUAAGUCCACUAUGGGUUUUGCCAUGCGCCAGUACUACUUGGAUGUAAAGGGAAUAGAAAUGAAUUUCAUGCCAGAGAACAUCCACACGUACAAUGAAACUGCCAGAAUCUCCUUUUAUUUUGUUGUGAUGGAUCCAACCAAACCAGACACAGUUAUUCCUAAGGCCGAUGUAGAGGCGGCUAUCUGGCUGUCGAGAGAACGUAUCAAUGGCGCAUUUCUACUCAAUGAUGAAACACUGGAAUUUGUUGGGCUGCAGGCAACAUUAGCUCCACCCAAAGAGGAAAAAAUCACAGUUUGGCUGGUGGUGUUUGGAGUGGUAAUGGGUGUAACUGUGUUAGGGGGGAUCUACCUCAUUACCACAGGGAUAUUAAACAGGAAGAAGAAAGCUAAGAAAGCUGAGGAGACUGUGAACCCAUAUGAGAAUUCAGAUGAAGGAGAAGUGAACAAAGCCUUUGAACAAGACAUUGAACAAACUGGACUGUAAAGAAAAAGCUGUUUUCAAAAACAUCUUUACUCUAACAUCAGAAUAAAGAGUGAUGAAAAAAGCUUCCACACCA